AUGUGGGGGCAGCGGACCGACGGCUCGCGCAAGCGGUCAGGAAGGGGAAGUUUACGGAAUGGAGGCGUACCCCGCGCCAAGUGUUACCGCUUUGGCGGUCGCACAGUCCAAGUCCUGGGGGUCGCGCAAGCGGCCAAGCCGGGGCCCACCAUCGCAGAUGGAUGGGCCCCAGUGGAGAAAUUACGACGGGUAGGCGUUCCCCACGCCUCGUAG